AUGGCUUUAGACGAGGCAGAGGUCUAUCAUAAUACUGUCAAACGAUACAAAAAAGAGACAGGCUCCGCCAUUCAUAGCGUCACAGAGUCGCAUGAUUUGAUCGGUGACAUGGACGAUGAAUUGUAUGGGGAUAAUGGCAUGCAGAAGGAGGAAAAGGGUAAAGAAAUGAAAUUAUGA